AUUCCUAGGUGGACUAUAAAUAACAUGAUGGAGCUGAAGAAUAGAAAAAAGAGCAACCAGGCAUCGCAGGGAAAAUGCUGACAUUUGAAUUACUCUGUUAAAGAAUUGCCUGAAUGUACUUAACAUGUCCUGCUAUGUUCACUUCUUUAACUGAGAUGGACAUGAUAUAAUCUCCAUUGAGUCAAAGGAUGGCAUCUAGUCCUGUGCUUCUCACCGAAGAUGAACAGGCUUCCUUGGGCAUCGAUGAUCUCCAUAUUUCACUGCAAGCUGAACAGGAAGACACUCAGAAGAAAACCUUCACCUGCUGGAUAAACUCACAGUUGGCAAAGCACACUCCUCCCUCAGUUAUAUCAGACCUGUUCACAGACAUUAAGAAGGGGCAUGUCCUCCUGGACCUGCUAGAAGUACUCUCAGGACAACAGUUGCCUCGAGAUAAAGGAUCUAAUACAUUCCAGUGUAGAAUCAAUAUAGAACAUGCCCUGACAUUCCUGAAAAACCGAUCAAUCAAGCUAAUAAAUAUUCACGUUGCUGACAUUAUAGAUGGAAACCCAUCCAUUAUUCUUGGCCUAAUUUGGACAAUUAUACUGCACUUUCAUAUUGAGGAGCUUGCCCGGACUCUUUCUUGCAAUUACAAUCAACCUUCCCCAGACAGGGUGAGUGUGGUUGACUCAUCUCCUACCUCAAGUCCUCCAGCUAAGAAAUGCUCCAAAGUCCAAGAAAGAUGGCAGAUGUCUGCAAAGAAGGCUCUUCUCCUGUGGGCUCAGGAACAAUGUGCCAGGUAUGAAUCUGUCAGUGUGACAGAUUUUAAGUCAAGCUGGAGAAAUGGAAUGGCUUUUUUGGCCGUCAUUCAUGCCUUGCGACCGGACCUCGUUGACAUGAAGAGUGUGAGGCAUAGAUCCAACACAGACAAUCUGAAAGAGGCCUUCAGAAUUGCAGAACAGGAGUUCAAAAUCCCCAAAAUGCUGGAACCAGAAGAUGUGGAUGUUGUUAAUCCUGAUGAAAAGUCCAUCAUGACCUACGUGGCCCAAUUUCUGCAAUAUUCAAAGAAUGCACCUGGGACUGGAAAUAAAGCCCAGGGAAAGAUGAAAGAUGCUAUGGCCUGGUUAACUCUGCAAGAGAAAAAACUACAGAAAAUGCUAAAGGAUUCAGAAAGUGAGACCUACGCUAACAAGUAUGGAAGCCUGCUCUCCUUCUUGGAGUCAUUCAAUGAAGAAAAAACCCCCUUUUUGGAUGUCCUGUUGAUAAGAAGGAAUCCAGAUGAGCUGAAUGAAGAUCAGUUACAGUUAAAAGAAGCCUGGGAUGGUCUCAACUACCAGAUUAAUGUGUGGAAAACAGACUUGAAUCAUGUCUUGCCCUCACCCCUCAAUGAAAUCGAAGCUUGGCUCCAGGAGAUAGAGGAGCUUCUAGAUGAAGAUUUGCCAGCCUCCCAGGAUUACCAUGAAGCCAUGGCUCUAAUUCAAGAGAAAAUGGCUUUAUUCAAGAGUCUGAUGGAUAAAUUUGACUGUCAUUUGAAUGCUCUCCUGGCAUUUGAAAAUAGAGAUGAAAAACAUUUGCCAUUGGUACCACCUAGCAAACUGGAAGAAAUGAAAAGACGAAUCAACAAUAUUUCGGGGAAAAAAUUUAUUCCACUUCUAGAAUUUCAUUACUAUAAGUGCUCAGUUCUUGGUUUGCUAGAUGAAGCGAAAUCAAAAUUGGUUGCUUGGAACAUCAAAUACGGGAGCAAAGAAUCCGUGGAAUUAUUGCUGGAAGACUGGCAUAAAUUUAUUGAAGAAAAAGAGUUCCUAGCUCAACUUGAAACUUCUUUUCAAAAAUGUGAAGAAAUUCAUAAGGAUUUGGCUGAAGAAUAUCCAAAUAUUACUAAACAGUAUACAAUGGUGGAACAUCAUUUUUCCAUGUGUGGAAAAAAUAUAUAUAAUGUGAAGUCCACUCUACAGAAAGUUCUGGCAUGUUGGGCUACUUAUGUGGAAAACCUUCGCUUACUAAAGGCUUGUUUUGAGGAAACAAAGAAGGAGCAGAUUAAAGAGGUUCCCUCUGAGACACUUUCCCAAUGGAAUCUAGAACAUACUACCUUAAAUGAAGUGGGAAAUUUCUUAAUUCAAGCCAGCAAUGAUGAAGUUGGAUCAGCUAUUUCCAAAGACCUGAGAAGGCUGAAUAAAAGAUGGAGGAAAUUUAUUACAAAAACUCAGGUUGAAAUGAACUUGCCACUUAUAAAAAAACAGGAUGAGCCCUUUCUUGACAAUUCUGGGAAUACUCAACUAUCUAAAGAAGGAAAAACAACUGUUGAUUUUUCAACAGAUAUGUCAAUAGGACUCCCUGAAAAUCACAAUCAGAAUAUUAUGGCUGGGGAAGAAGAUGAAAAAGAAAAUGAAGAAUUUAUAAGGCAACUAAAAGUGGCUGAAGAGGUUGAAAAACUCGUUGGACAAGUGGAAACCUGGGAGGCAGAAACCACAUCUGUUUUGGAUCUUCUGCGACAUCAAGAUGAUGUAGACACCUCAAUGGAAGAUCCUUUGCGGCAUCUUAUUGCCAAAGGCUCUAUGUACGAGGAGCUUCUGUCUAGAACUGAAGACACUUUACAAAUGGAUGUACAGAAUGUUUCAAGCCAGGAGUCUCUCCAACAUGUUCUCACAGCUGGGCUUCAGGCAAAGAUUCAAGAAGCUAAAGAGAAAGUCCAGAUCAAUAUGAUAAAAUUAGUGGCAACGUUGAAGAACUCAACUGAUGUUUCCCCAGACCUGGAUGUCAGGUUGAAGGUGGAAGAAUCACAGAAGGAAGUUGAAUCCUACAUUUCAAGGGCUGAGCAGUUACUUGGCCAAAGAGAGAGCCAUAGUGGACUCAUUUCACAGUACAAGGAAGCACUAAUAAUUUUUAAUACUAAAAGUCUGGCCAAGUAUUUGAAAGCUGUUGAAGAACUGAAAAAUAAUGUAACUGAAGAUGUAAGGAUGUCUUUGGAAGAAAAGAGUAGAGAUGUCUGUGCCAGGUGGGAGUCUCUUCAUCAUGAAAUGUCUUUGUAUAUUCAACAACUAAAAGUAGACAUUGAAAAAGGAAAACUUAGUGACACUAUCGCAAAACUUGAAAAACAAAUAAAUAAAGAAAAGAAACUAAUUCGCAGAGGAAGGACUAAGGGUCUCAUCAAGGAACAUGAGGCCUGUUUUUCUGAGGAAGGCAGCCUGUACCAACUUGAUCACCACAUGGAUGUCCUGAGGGAGCUGUGUGAGGAGCUGACUUCACAGAAGAGUCAACAGGAAGUGAGGAGAGCGCUCAAAGAUUACGAACAGAAGAUAGAAAGACUUCGGAAAUGUGCUUCCGAGAUUCAUAUGACCCUGCAACCCAUGGUGGGAGGCGCAUCGAAAAACAAGAGGACCCCGGACACAUCUGAGAGUGGAGGAAGGAGUGCCCUCAGCCAGGUGCCAUCUGCAAAGUCAGACCAUCAGCCAUUGGCUGAAAAGGCAAUGGAAUCAAUUAAGGAUGUUAGCCUGGAAUCCAAGUUAAAGCCUCAACUGGAGGAAAGCGUCAUGGAGAAGCAUGAAAAGGAUCACAGUGCGUCUGUCAAUAGUUUACUGGAAAGGUAUGUUACACACAGAGAAACUCUUGAACGACACCUGCAGAACAACAUUGCGAGGAUUACUUCAGAUUUUCCUGGUGACAAGGAAAGGAGUAGUGUUUGUCUCCAGGAUCAACUGACAGAUCUCCAGGUCUUAAAAAAUGAAACUGAUGCUUGCUGGAAAGAAUUUGAAAUCACUUCAUUGAAGUUAGAAGAGCUGGAAAGUGACGUAAAGAAGCCUUCUAUAGUUCAGGCAAGAGAUAGAUUAAAGGGGACAGAAAGAGAGCUUCAGAUGACUCUUAAUACCAGAAUGGAGUCUUUGGAGACCGCACUGCAGAUCGUGUUACCUGUGGAGAAGGAAUCGCUCCUCCUCUGUGGCUCAGACCUGCUCCCCCGUGAAAUGGCCAUUCAGGAAUUUCAUCUCACUGAUGCUGAUGACAUUUAUCAAAACCUGAGGAAUAUCCAAGAUUCCAUAGCAAAACAGAUGGAAAUAUGUAACAAUUUGGAACAGCCAGGCAAUUUUGCAUUAAAGGAAUUACACCCGCUUGACCUGCAGGCAACACAGAGUAUUAUCCUGAAACACAGAACACAACUUGAAGAAAUGAACCACAGAGUUCAGAGGAGUAAAGAUGCCCUCAAAGCUCUGGAAGAGUUUUUGGCUUCUCUGAGAACAGCUCAAUGCUCUGUUGGGCUUCUUACAGACCUUUCAGCCUCCGAUUCACAGGUGUUACCAGAAAAUACGUUGACAGUGGAAAAUAAGGAGGGAGAAAUUUAUCAGAUGAAAGACAAGGCCAGACAUUUGGAUGAACGUUUGAAGGUGCUUGGGAUAAGCAUUACAGAUGCCGAGCAGGGAGAAGACACCUCCUGUGAAAAACUUCUGGCUGCUUUGUCCGAAAACUCAUCGGAGACACUUAGCUCUGGUGGACAGGAGGAGCUCACUGAAGAAGACAAAUUACUGGAGACUUGUAUUUUCAAAAAUAAUGAACUCCUGAAAAAUAUUCAAGAUGUGCACAAUCAAAUCAGUAAAAUUGGCCUAAAGGAUCCAACUGUUCCAGCCAUAAAACAACGGAAGAAAUCAUUAAUCAGACUGGAUAAGGAUCUCGAUGAAUGUGAAGAAGAGAAGAAACAAUUGCAAGAAAUGGCUAAUUCUCUUCCACAAUUCAAAGAUGGCAGGGAGAAAGUUCUGAGUCAGAAGUGCCAAGACACAGCACUCCUGUGGGAGAAUACAAAGGCUUCGGUCGCUGAAUGUCUUGACCAGUGUGAAAGAGUUUUGGAGCUCUUAAAACAGUAUCAGACUUUUAAAAAUGUCUUGACAACUUUGAUUCAAAAAGAAGAGAAUGUCAUCUCCCUCCAGGCUUCAUACAUGGGAAAGGAGAACUUGAAGAAGAGGAUAGCAGAGAUUGAAGUUGUCAAAGAAGAAUUUAAUGAACAUUUAGAGAUUGUAGACAAGAUUAACCAGAUCUGCAAAAAUCUACAAUUUCAUUUAAAUAAAAUGAGAACCUUUGAAGAGCCUCCUUUUGAGAAAGAGGCUAAUAUUAUUGUGGAUAGAUGGCUGGAUAUAAAUGAGAAGACAGAAGACUACUAUGAAAAUCUUGGUCGAGCUCUAGCUUUAUGGGACAACCUUUUUAACUUAAAAAAUGGUAUCGAUGAGUGGACUGAAAAGGCCCUUCAAAAAAUAGAAUUACAUCAACUGACUGAAGAAGAAAGAGAAAAACUGAGGGAGGAGUUACAAGUCCAUGAACAAAAACCUUCAGAAUUUUCUAAAAGAGUGGCAAAAAUACAGUUUCUGCUUCAAAGCAGUGAGAUACCUCUUGAAUUACAGGUCAUGGAGUCCUCUAUUUUGAGCAAGAUAGAAGGUGUGAAAAUGCGUUUAACAGGUGAAUCCAACUGCUGUGCACUCAGUGGCAGCACAGCUGAGCUAAGGGAGGAUCUCGACCAAGCCAAGACCCAGAUUGGAAUGACUGAGUCCCUCUUAAAUGCUCUGUCUCCUUCCGACAGCUUGGAGAUCUUUACUAAACUCGAGGAGAUUCAACAGCAAAUUCUACAGCAGAAGCACAGUAUGAUAUUACUGGAGAAUCAAAUAGGUUGUCUGACUCCUGAACUCUCUGAAUUAAAAAAGCAAUAUGAAAGUGUCAGUGAUUUAUUUAAUACCAAAAAAAGUGUUUUGCAAGAUCACUUUUCUAAGUUACUGAAUGAUCAGUGCAAGAACUUUAAUGACUGGUUUGGCAACAUUAAAAUGAACCUUAAGGAGUGUUUUGAAUCAUCAGAAACAAAAAAGAGUGUGGAACAAAAGCUACAAAAACUUACUGAUUUCUUGACUCUUGAAGGAAGAGGCAGUGAAAUACAGCAGGUGGGAACUGUACUGAAUCAUGUGAAGAAACAUCUGCCCAAAGCACAUUUUAAGAAUCUUCACAGUUGGAUUGUAAGUCAAGAAAUUGAAUUAGAAAAAAUGGAGUCCUUAUGCCAGGCACGAGCAAAGGAGCUUGAUGAGUACUUGCAGCAGCUACUGAGACUCCAGGAUGAUCACAGUAAUCUGAGUAAGUGGUUGACUAAUCAAGAAGAAAAAUGGAAAGAAAUGGAAGGAUCAGGAGAGAAAACUGAGCUGUUUUGCCAAGCUCUAGCUAGAAAGAGGGAACAAUUUGAAUCUAUGGCCCAGUUGAGCAACUCUGUGAAGGAAUAUGGGUUUACUGAGGAGGAAGAAAUAGUAAUGGAAUCAACACGCUUGACUGAUAGAUACCAGGCAUUAUUGAGACAAAUAUGUGAAAUUGAUGAAGAGGAUAAAUUACCUCCUGCCGAGGCCCAGCCCUUGCAUGAUCUUGCACAUGAUGUGAUUCAUUGGAUAACAGGGAUUAAAGAGUCCCUUAUGGUUCUGAAUUCAUCAGAAGGCAGGAUGCCGCUGGAGGAAAGAAUCCAAAAAAUAAAGGAAAUCAUUUUACUAAAACCUGAAGGGGACGCUAAAAUACAGACCAUCAUGAAUCAGGCUGAGAGCAGCAAGGCUCCAUUGGUUCCAAAGAGCUUUACUGAUAUCAAGAACCAGUGGGACAACACACUCCAUUUAGCCAACACGUAUCUAAGCCAUCAAGAAAAGCUACUACUGGAAGGAGAGAAGUAUUUGCAAAGUAAGGAGGAUCUGAGAUUAAUGCUCACAGAACUAAAAAAGCAACAAGAAGUGGGCUUUGCUCUGCAACAUGGUUUGCAGGAGAAGAAGGCGCAAUUGAAAAUUUAUAAGAAAUUCCUCCAGAAGGCACAAGAUUUGACAUCCUUGCUAGAGGAGUUAAAAUCUCAAGGGAAUUACCUCUUAGAGUGCACCAAAAAUCCCAACUUCAGUGAAGAGCCGUGGCUGGAAAUAAAGCAACUCCAUGAAAGUCUUCUUCAACAACUGCAGGAUUCUGUGCAAAAAUUGGAAGGUCAUGUUCGAGAACACGAGUCAUACCAGGUUUGCGUCACGGACCUAAAUACUGAAUUGGAUAAUAUCUCAAAGGAAUUUGUCAGUUUUCCUGAAGAGCCUGUGGAUCCAAUAGCAGUUGAAGAAAAACUGCAGAAACUGCAGGAGCUAGAGAAUAGUCUCCAUUUACAAGAUGGCACAUUAGAGAAGAUUAUAGCUUUAGCAAAAUCCAUCAAGCAAAACACAUCUUCAGUGGGACAGAAGAUUAUUAAAGAUGAUAUAGAAUCACUUAAGUGUAAACAAAAAGAUUUGGAAAACCGACUUGAAUCUGCUAAGCAGGAGAUGGAAAAUUGUCUCAAUAGCAUUCUCAAAUCAAAAUGCUCAACCGAAAAGAAAGAAAAGUUUGCUCUGCCAGACAGAGAGGGGCAGGUUACUUCUGAUGGACAGGAGUCCACUCAGGGCUCAGCUGCAGUGGAAAAGUUGGAGGAAGACUGGGAAAUAAAUAAGAAUUCAGCUGUGGAAAUGGUUUUGUCAAAACAACUUUCUCUUGAUGUUCAAGAAAGCAUGAAAAGCACUGCAGAUGAGCAGAAAGUCAAAGAGCUGCAAAAUCAACCUUUAGAAUUAGAUGUUAUGUUAAGAAGUGAACAAUUAAAAGAGAUAGAGGAAUUAUAUACCCAGUUGGAAGCGAAGAAAGCAGCCAUUGAACCACUUGAAGAAACUAAAGAUCUUAACAAAGUGGAAACAAGUGCCUUGGUUCCUCACCGUGAAAGGCAUUCAGUGCACCACUUGGACAAUCUGCUUCAGGCACUUAUGACUUUGAAGAAAAAUAAAGAAAGUCAAUACUGUCUCCUUGAAGAUUUUCAGAAACACCUUGCUGCAGUUGAAUCCUCGAUGAAAGCCUUGUUGACAGAAAAGGAAAUUCUAAAAGUGGGACCACUAGACAGUGCAACCUAUAUGGACAAAAUUAAAAAAUUCCUGGCAUCGAUAGAAAAAGAGAAAGUUUCUUUAAAUAAGAUGAAAAUUGAAAGGGAACGUUUAUCAAACUGUCUGACUGACAUGGAUAAGAAGCUGUUGGAAAGCCAGAUGAAGCAACUUGAACAUGAUUGGGAGCAGGUGGAACAGCUGGUCCAGAAGAAGUAUUCCCAGGAAGUAGUUGGACAUGAUGAGUUUACAUUUCUCAUGAGUAAGGUCCAAGCCCUUGAAGUUUCUCUGCAGCAACAGCAGCGGUGUCUGCAGUUAAGGCUGAACUCUCCAGAACAGGAGGGAAAUCAAAGCAUGGUUGCCUUGGCCACUGAACUCCAGACUCUCAAGCAUAGAUUUUCUGUUUUAAAAGGGCGAGCUGAAUUUCAGAUGAAGAGGAUUUGGGGAGAAAAAGAGAAGAAGACUUUAGAAGGUGCAAUGAAUAAUUUGCAGAAGCAAGUGGAAGCAUUGGAACCAUUAAACGUAGAGGUGGAAAAUCAGAUCAAGAAGUGUGAAACCCGGUACAGAAUGAAAGAGACUAUCUUAUGGGUCAAGAAUCUGUUAGGUGACGUCGUCCCUACCAUUUCCCUUCUCCCAGACGACAUUCUUUCACAGAUCAGAAAAUGCAAGGUGGUGCAUGAUGGCAUUCUAGACAAGCAGCGGGUUGUGGAAUCAUUGGUUGAAGAGGUCAAAGGUAAUAUUCCUAACCUUACAGCACAUGAGAGCAAUGAUUUAAAUAACCUCCUACAGGAUUUACAAAAUCAGUACCAAGUGCUAGUUUUAAAAUCAACUCAAAGAUCACAGCAAUUAGAAUUUAAGUUGGAAGAAAGAAGCAAAAUAUUUGCUUUAAUAGGGAAGGUUCAACUUUUGCUUCAAGGAAAUGAAACGCUGAUAAUCCCCAAGAUGGAAACAACCUCCACAGAAGCUGAAUUAGAACAUCAGCAUGGCACUUUGACGACGUCUCAGAAGGAAUUGCAGGAAAUUGAGAGUGUAAUCUCAACUCAUCUUCAGGAACAGACAGAUGUCUGUAACGAUCUAAGUGUGUUUGAAAGAUUAUUUCUAGAUGAUCAAUUGAAAAAUCUUAAGGCUAGAGCCAACAGAAUACAAAGAUUCAUUCAAAAUAAAUGUGAUGAAGUAGAACACAAGAUAAAUUUUUACCGAGAAUGCCAUGAAAAAACAUCUGUGCUUCAGAAGGAGGUUGACCACAUACAACACAAUGAACUGCUACUAAAUCCAGAAUUAAAUCAAGAUGUUAAAGAAGAGUUGUAUAGUCUUAAAGACCGACUCACUAGUGUCCAAUCUGGUAUCCUACAAGUACUGAAACUCAAAGAAGUGUUUGAUUGUAUAGGACUAAACUGGGAUUGGUCCCAACUUGACCAAUUACAAACCCAAGUACUUGAGAAAGAAAAGGAACUUGAAGGAAAAAUUAAGCAGUUGAAUACAUUUGUGGCAGAACAUGGCAAAUAUCAAGCAUCACUAGGUAAAGUGAGGGCUAUGGAUUUGCAAACUAAGAAAAGGGCUGCAGCAGUGCUGACAACUCCUGAUACCUCACCAGGGAGCAGGCAGCUCAGUGCUCAAAUUCUGAGUCAGACAAUCGGGAAAGUCGUGUGCUUGUAUCAUGAGGUAAUCAAGAGAUUAAGUGAAAGUAAGGCCUUUGAUGACUCAUUCAAAGAGAAAGAAAUACAACAAAUAAAGCUGUAUGCAGAAGAAAAUGAGAAGUUAAACGAGGUUCUCCAACACAUAGUCUUAGAAUCCCAACCGAAAGAAAUGGAUGAAAAAAAUUUUCAGGACAAACUAGAAAAUUUCUUCCAUGUUUUAAAUCAGAUAAAAUCUCAGUUACAACAGCCUAUACUUAUAAAUCUGAAAAUUGAACAUAUUCAAAAUGAAAAGGAUAACUGUGAAGCUUUUCAAGAACAAGUUCAGGCAGAAAUGCUUAGCAUUAAAGCUGUGUCUGUUUUUGAGGAGCAGAGAGAGGAAGACUCUUCCAAAGCUAGUGAUGUGGAGGCAAAAUUACGCGAAAUUGAAGAUCUUCACAUGCAGCUUAAUGCAAGCAUUGAUUCACGCACAAACGCCUUGAAUGAUGCUUAUGAAAAUAUGACGCGCUAUAAUGAGGCAGUCUCCAGGGCGGCGGGGACCAUCACCGCCCUUGAAGCCAUCAUUGCAUCCCAUCAAGUAGACCUCAGUAAUCCCAAUGAGUCUCUAGAGGGGCCUCGCUGGAAACAGGAGGAACUAGGAUCCACAAUAGCAGACAUCCAGGACCUCGCCGAGAAUCUGGGGACUGUAUGCAGCCCGGAAGCCCAGCGACAACUUCAGUGCACUCUGCAGGAAUUACUUUCUAAGAACUCGGCCGUGAGGGAAGCAGCCAAAGUAAAAGAAGCUGAAGUAGAAAGGUGUCUCGAGAAUUAUAAGUGCUAUCAAAAAAUUAAAGAGAAAAUUUGCAGUAACCUCAGUCAAAUGGAGACAGUUCUUGGGCAGUCCAUGUCCCCGUUGCCAGUGUCUUACAAAGAAGCUCUAGAGCGCUUGGAACAGAGCAAGGCCCUGGUGUUAAAUCUUGUGUCAACCAAAGAAGAGUUCAUGAAACUACGGCAGGUCCUCAGACACUUGAGACCCAUGUGCACGGAGAGUGAUGGCGUCUGUCUGCUCAGAAGCAUGUCGGCUCUGUGGGAGAAGUGGCUGAGUUUGUUGGAAGCCGCAAAAGAGUGGGAGAUGUGGUGUGAAGAACUGAAGCAGGAGUGGAAAUUUGUCAGUGAAGAAAUUGAACGGGAAGCAAUUAUUUUAGAUAAUCUUCAAGAAGAACUCCCUGAAAUUUCUAAAACAAAAGAGGCGGUCACCACAGAGGAACUCUCUGAGCUGCUGGACUGUUUAUGCCAACAUGAAGAGAAUGCGGAGAAGCAGCAGUUGUUACUGGCCCUACUUCUGCAGCGCAUAAAAAACAUGCAGAAUGCUCCAGAAAGCUUGGCGGCCGUGGAAACUGUGCCGGCAUCUCUGGAGAUUACGUCUAUGCAAGAACGAUGCAGCAAGCUUUUCCAGAAAGUUCAAAAAAAUAAGGAAUUGAUACAGAAUGAAAUCCAAGAAAGACGUUCCUUUACAAAAGAAAUAAUUACUUUGAAGAAUUUACUUCAACAGACCACAGCAUCUUUCCAAAAUAUGGAAUCACAAGACCUCCCAGAAAAGGCAGAACAGCUUGAGGAGCUUCAAAACUUUCUUAAGAAAGGGAAGCUAACUUUUGAGAAUAUUAUGGAAAAACUGCGAAUCAAGUAUUCUGAAAUGUACACCAUAGUCCCUGCAGAGAUUGAAUCCCAGGUGGAAGAAUGCAGAAAAGCUUUAGAAGACAUAGAUGAGAAGAUUAGCAGUGAAGUCUUGAAAAGCUCACCAUCGUAUGCAAUGAGUAGAAAAAUAGACGAAAUUAACAAAGGACUUCAUACUGUCGAACAGAUGUUGCAGCAGAAAAGCCAAAAUAUUGAGAAAGCUCAAGAAAUUCAAAAGAAACUGUGGGAUGAGCUGGAUCUCUGGCAUUCCAAGCUAAAUGAGCUGGAUUCAGAAGUUCAGGACAUUGUUGAACAGGACCCAGGACAGGCACAGGAAUGGAUGGAUAACUUGAUGAUUCCUUUCCAGCAGUAUCAGCAAGUAUCACAGAGGGCAGAAUCUAGAACCUCACAAUUAAACAAGGCCACAGUUAAGAUGGAGGAGUAUCACGAUCUUUUAAAGAGUACUGAGGCUUGGAUAGAAAAUACCAGUCGUUUGCUGGCUGAUCCUGCUGACUAUGACUCUUCAAAGACGCUGAGUCACCAUGCUAGCACUCUUCAGAUGGCUUUGGAAGAUUCAGAACAAAAGCACAAUCUGUUACAUUCAGCUUUCACGGAUCUGGAAGACUUGUCCAUAAUUUUUGAAACAGAUGAUUUAGCACAGUCUGUUCAAGAGUUAAGUCAUCAAGUAGCAGCUUUACAGCAAAAAAUCAUGGAAAGCCUUCCACAGAUUCAGCGAAUGGCUGAUGAUGUGGUUGCCAUUGAAAUGGAAGUAAAAUCAAUGGAGAAAAGAGUUUCAAAAAUCAAAGCUAUCCUGUUAUCAGAAGAAAUAUUUGACUUUUCACCUGAAGAACAUCUUAAGCAUGGGGAGGUCAUAUUGGAAAAUAUACGUCCCAUGAAGAAAACCAUUGCUGAAAUACUGUCUUACCAAGUGGAGCUGAGGUUGCCCCAGACAGUAAUGAAAACUCUGCCUGUGUUUCAGAGGACAAAUCAGCUUUCACAAGGUGUAAAACUGUUGGAAAAUGUGACUCAGGAGCAAAAUGAGUUAUUAAAGAUAGUCAUCAAACAGACUAGCGAAUGUGAUGAAGAAAUAGAAAAAUUGAAACAGAUCUUAAAUAAUUAUUCAGCUGAAUUCUCCCAGGAACACAUGUCACCAGACCACGCUGCCAGCCUGCCACAAGUCCAGGGAGAAAUCGAAGAUAUGGAAAAGCAGAUUCUGAGCUUGAACCAGAAAAAAGAAGACCUGUUGGUAGACUUGAAGGCAGCCAUACUGAACCUUCACCAGCACUUACAGCAAGAACAACAGGAAUCAGAAACAGAGAUGCUGGCAGCCGGAGCACCGGAGGAGGACGGCACAGCUGAGAGGGAGGCUCCUGAGUGGAAGCUGAACAGAAAAGGCUCCAUGUCCUUCCUGCCGGCAGUGGAGGAAGAAGCAGAAGAGAGCUCCCUGAAGAGUGAAAGUGGAGGUGAGAAAGCAGAACCAUCUUCUGGGUCUCCAUCUUUUCUCUGGAAACAUGACAAGGACAUGGAGGAAGAUAGAGCAUCCUCGUCCUCUGGAACCAUUGUUCAGGAGGCAGCUGGAAAAAUAAGCAUAUGUGAUAGUUCCAUGGCACAGAUUCUUGCACCAGACUCACCAAACACUGAGCAGGGCCCCGAAUUUUUCCUGAGCCCCAACCCAACAGAAGAGGGUGCCACACCUCCUGUUGAGGCUGAAGCUGCGGGCUUUUCUGACGAGCAAGGAGCUUUUGAGGCCACAGUGGAGAAACCUAGUCCCGAGCCGGCGGAAGUCCUCCAUGUCUGCAAGACCCAGGUGGCCAAGCUGGAGCUGUGGCUGCACCAGGCCAACGUGGCAUUCGAGCCGGAAACAUUAAACGCAGACAUGCAGCAGGUGGUGGAACAGCAACUGGUAGGGUGCCAGGCUAUGCUAACAGAGAUUGAACACAAGGUUGCCUCUCUGUUAGAGAAUUGCAAAGACCAGGGCCUGGGAGAUAGUGGAGCCACUCAACAGGAGGCAGAAGCACUUUCCUUGAAACUAAAAACUGUGAAGUGCAAUUUAGAAAAAGUCCAGAUGAUGCUUCAGGAGAAAUACAGUGAGGACCAGCAUUCUGCCAUUCUAAAGAAACCUUCAGAGCAUCAGAAAGUUCUCCAAGCAGAUAACCUUUCUGAAUUUGAAUCUGUUGUAACCGAAAGGCCACCAUUCAGCAGACAAAAAGAUUUCCAGCAGCAACAGAUUCUGGAGUUAAACCCAAUGGAACAGAAAGAUUUCAUCAAAUUCAUAGAAUCCAGUGCUCACAAAAUGUGGCCCCAGUAUUGCCAACACAAUAAAGAGACAACUGAGACAUCAUCCAUGAGUAGUAAGGCAUCUAGCCCUGAAAAUGAUUCUGCAGACUCGGUCUUGUCACCUCAGGGCCAAAGUGGAGACAAGUGGCAAUAUUUACAUCACGAGCUCUCAUCAAAAAUAAGGCUCCCUCUCCCUCAGCUUGUGCAGCCCCAGGUUGCCACAAAUACGAGUAUUCUACCCAGUGUAAGUGUGCAUAACUUUAGAUACCCAACAACUGAAGAACUGAAAACUUACACCACCCAACUUGAAGACCUGCGUCAAGAAGCAGAUAAUCUUCAGACACAGGAAAACGUGUCAGAAGAAACAUACACAAAUUUGGAUAAAAAAUUAUUUGAUCUAUUUCUGACUCUCCGUCAGUGCCUCGGCAGCAUGGAGGAGAUGCUGCAGACACCUGGGCUCUUCCGAGGGGAUGUCGGUGCCCAGCAGGUGCACUACGAGACACUGGCUCUUGAGUUGAAAAAACUUUACUUAGCUAUGAAUGACAAGAAGCAUGAUCUUUUGAAAGCCAUGAGUUGGCCUGGCAAGAACCCCAGCCUGUUCCUUGACUGUUUUGAUAACCUCCAGGUCUACUUGGAGCACACUCAGGCUACAGCUGCCUCUAAAAGCAAGUCCCUGAAAGCUGGCCUCGACUAUAACCGCAGUUAUCAGAAUGAAAUAAAGCGAUUAUAUGAUCAACUUAUUAAGAAUAAAACAUCUUUACAACAGUCUUUGAAUGAAAUUAGUGGCCAGAGUAUUGAUGAGCAGCUUCAGAAAGCAGAUGUGUAUGCAGUGGAGCUGCAGAACUAUGAAAGCCGAGUGGCAAAGCUAAGAGAUGAAGGGGAGAGGCUUCAUUUACCUUAUGUUCUACUACAAGAGGUUUACAAAUUAGAGGAUGUUCUUGACAGUACAUGGGGAAUCCUGAGAACCAGAUACACAGAACUCAGCAGCCCUUUUAUCACCGAGAGCCAGCAAGAUGCUCUGUUGCAAGGCAUGGUGGAACUGGUGAAUAUCGGAAAGGAAAAGCUUGCUCAUGACCACUUACACCAGACUAAAAGUAAAAAUGCCUUACAGGCUCAAAUACAAAAUCACAAGCUUUUUUUCCAGAAGCUUGUUGCUGAUAUGCUGUGGAUCCAAGCAUACUCCAACAAAAUGCUUCCUUCCUUAUUGCAAAAGAAAGAGACGUUUUGGGCAGAACAAGUAAAAGAAGUUAAAUUACUAGAAGAAAAGUCACAGCAAUGUGGAAUGAAGCUGCAGAGUUUGUUGCAGGUGGGCUUCCAUGGAAACGAAGAGGGCGAGGAAAGAUUAGUGGAAAGGAUUUCAUUUUACCAGCAAAUAAAAAGAAACAUUGAUGAAAAGCAUGCCCGGCUUUACCAGACUCUGAAUGAAGGUAAACAGCUGGUGGCAUCUGUGAGCUGUCCUGAACUCGAGGGCCAGAUUGCCAAACUGGAAGAGCAGUGGUUGUCCCUGAACAGAAAAAUUGAUCACGAGCUACACAGACUACAGACGCUUCUCAAGCAUCUGCUCAGUUAUAACAAAGAUUCAGAUCAGUUAACCAAGUGGUUGGAAUCUUCUCAGCAAACUCUGAAUUACUGGAAAGAGCAGUCCCUCAAUGUGUCUCAGGACUUGGAUACAAUCAGAAGCAACAUAAACAGUUUUUUUGAGUUUUCAAAGGAACUUGAUGAAAAGUCCUCCUUGAAGACUGCAGUUCUAAGUACUGGGAACCAGCUUCUCCACCUGAAAGAAGCUGAUACAGCUGCACUGAGAGCUUCUUUAGCACAGUUUGAACAAAAGUGGACAGUGCUCAUCACUCAACUUCCAGACAUUCAAGAAAAACUUCACCAGCUUCAGAUGGAGAAAUUGCCGUCUCGUAAAGCAAUCACAGAAAUGAUUAGCUGGAUGAACAAUGUGGAACAUCAAACUGCAGAUGAAGGUUCCGAGCAUUCACUGAGUUCUGCAUCUCAAGUUAAAAGUCUUCUUCAGAAGUACAAGGAAUUUAGAAUGGAAAUGGACUACAAACAAUGGAUAGUUGAUUUUGUCAACCAGUCAUUACUUCAAUUAAGCACCUGUGAUGUAGAAAGCAAGCGCUAUGAGAGAACAGAGUUUGCAGAGCACCUGGGAGAGAUGAACCGUCAGUGGCACCGGGUCCACGGGAAGCUGAAUAGAGAGAUUCAACAUUUAGAACAACUUUUGGAAAGUAUCACUGAGAAUGAAAACAAAAUACAGAUUUUGAACAACUGGAUGGAGGCACAAGAGGAGAGACUGAACAGUUUACAAAAACCGGAAAGUGUGAUCUCAGUGCAGAAGAUGCUCUUGGAUUGUCAGGAUAUAGAAAAUCAACUUGCAAUUAAAUCCAAAGCACUGGAUGAGUUGAGAGAGAGUUAUUUGACUUUGGAGAGUGGGACAAUGCCACUGUUGGAAGAUACAGCAUCCAGAAUUGAUGAGUUAUUUCAAAAGAAAGCCAGUGUUAUCCACCAGGUUGGUGAGCUCAAGACCUCCAUGCAGUCUGUCUUACAGGAGUGGAAGAUUUAUGAUAAACUCUAUGAUGAAGUGAAUAUGAUGACAAUCCGAUUCGGGUACUGCAUGGAACACAGCAAGCCUGUGGUUUUAUCAUUAGAGGCCUUAAGAUGUCAGGUGCAGAAUCUUCAGUCUCUUCAAGACGAAGCUGAGAGCAGUGAAGGGAGUUGGAAGAAGCUCCAGGAGGUUAUUGGCAAACUCAAAGAUUACUGCCCCACAGUUGCUGAAAUAAUUCAAGAGAAAUGCCAAAAUACUCACACAAGGUGGACCCAGGUAAACCAAGACAUUGCAGAACAGUUGCAGAGGGCCCAGAGUCUGCUGCAGCUCUGGAAGGCAUGUAACAGUGCUCACGCUGAAGCUGCAGCAAGACUGGAGCAGCAGGAAGCAAAGUACCAACAGCUCGCCAACAUCAACACGUCUGGAAACAACCUGGCAGAGAUCCUGCCCCCGGCCCUGCGGGACAUAAAGGAGCUGCAGCAUGAUGUGCAGAAGACAAAAGAAGCCUUUCUCCAAAAUUCAACUCUCCUAGAUCGACUCCCACAAUCCACAGAGUCCAACCCCCAUGUGCUCGUCUCUGGUCAACUGCACUCCCUCCAGAGGACUUCCUACUUGGAAAAGAUGCUGCUUCUAAAAACAAAUGAAUUUGAGUUUGUUCUAUCACAGUUCAAGGAUUUUGGGGACCAGUUGGAAUCUUUAAAAGGUCUCAUUGUGCAUGAAGAAGAGAAUUUGGAUCACCUCUACCAGCAAGAAAAAGAAGGAAAUCCUGACUUGUUCCUGAAUCACGUGCUGGCACUUACAGCCCAGUCACCUGAUAUUGAGCAUUUGAAUGAAGUAAGCCUCAAGCUCCCACUUAGUGACGUGGCUGUAAAGACAUUACAGAAUGUGAACCGGCAGUGGAUUCGGGCCACGGCGACAGCACUGGAACGCUGCAGUGAGCUUCAGGGGAUUGGAUUGAAUGAAAAGUUUAUUUAUUGCUGUGAAAAGUGGGUCCAGCUUUUAGAGAAGAUAGAAGAGAUGCUCAAGGUGAAUAUUGCUGACAGCCUUCCUGCUCUGCUGGAACAGCAGAGAACAUAUGAGAUGUUAGAAGCUGAAGUUUCUAUAAACCAGACAAUUGCUGAUUCUUAUGUCAUCCAGUCCUUACAACUCCUGGACACAGCAGAAAUAGAGAAGAGACCGGAAUUUGUUUCGAAGUUUGCGAGGCUAAAGGAGCAGUGGCAGAGUGCCACGCAGGGCGUCCGGCAGAGGAAGAGUGAGGUCGAUGGGCUGGUGAGGCAGUGGCAGUACUUCACCACCUCCGAGAGGGACUUGCUCCACUUCCUGUCUGACACUGGCCACCUACUCUCUGCAGUGAAGUGCCAGGAUCGCCACAGCCUCCACCAAACGAGAAGUCUGGUCCGUGAGCUGCAGAAUAAAGAAAUUCAUUUCCAGAGAUGGCAGACUACCUAUGCACUCACCUUGGAAGCUGGGGAAAAGUUACUGAACACAACUAACCUGGAAACUAAAGAGUCAAUUGGCAAGAGAAUCAGUCAACUUCAGGACAACUGGAAGGACACAAAACUCCAACUGGGAGAGACGAUUAAACAGUUCCAGAGCAUUGCAGAGACCUGGGACCAGUGUGAAAAGAAAAUCAAGGAGUUGAAAAACAGGCUGCAGGUUUUAAAGGCACAAAGUAAAGACCCUCUUCCAGAACUUCAUGAGGACCUCCAUAAAGAAAAAGAGCUCGUGAAGGAACUAGAGAAGUCUUUGGCUCACUGGACUCAGAACUUGAAAGAACUUCGCACUAUGAAGACCGACCUCACCCAGCACAUUCUUGUGGAAGACGUGAUGGUUUUGAAGGAGCAAAUAGAGCAUUUGCACAGACAAUGGGAGGACCUCUGCUUAAGAGUGGCUAUACGCAAACAGGAGAUAGAAGACAGACUCAAUUCGUGGAUUGUGUUUAAUGAAAAAAAUAAAGAGUUGUGUGCGUGGCUGGUGCAGAUGGAAAACAAAGUUCUGCAGACAGCAGACAUUAGUAUUGAAGAAAUGAUUGAAAAGCUACAGAAGGACUGCAUGGAGGAAAUAAAUUUGUUCAGUGAAAACAAGCUUCAAUUAAAGCAAAUGGGUGACCGUCUCAUCAAGGCCAGCAACAAGACAAGAGCAGCUGAGAUUGAUGACAAGCUACAUAAAAUCAAUGACCGUUGGCAGCACCUUUUUGACGUCAUUGGAUCCAGGGUGAAGAAGCUGAAGGAGACCUUUGCUUUUAUUCAGCAGUUAGACAAAAACAUGAGCAACCUUCGCACCUGGUUGGCUCGGAUCGAGUCCGAGCUCUCUAAGCCAGUGGUUUAUGACGUCUGUGACGAUCAAGAGAUCCAGAAGAGGCUCGCCGAACAGCAGGACCUGCAGCGAGACAUUGAGCAGCACAGCGCAGGAGUGGAGUCUGUGUUUAACAUCUGCGACGUCCUCCUGCAUGACUCUGAUGCCUGUGCCAACGAGACCGAGUGCGACUCCAUCCAGCAGACCACCAGAAGCCUGGACCGACGCUGGAGGAACAUUUGUGCCAUGUCGAUGGAACGGCGAAUGAAAAUCGAGGAGACGUGGCGGCUGUGGCAGAAGUUUUUAGAAGACUACUCCCGCUUUGAGGACUGGCUCAAGUCAGCCGAGAGGACAGCGGCCUACCCGAAUUCCUCAGAGGUGUUGUACACCGUGGCCAAAGAGGAGCUGAAGAGGUUUGAGGCCUUCCAGCGGCAGAUCCACGAGCGGCUCACGCAGCUGGAGCUCAUCAACAAGCAGUACCGGCGGCUGGCGCGCGAGAACCGCACCGACUCGGCCAGCAGGCUGAAGCAGAUGGUGCACGAGGGCAACCAGCGCUGGGACAACCUCCAGAAGCGGGUCACGGCCAUCCUGCGGAGACUCCGACAUUUCACCAACCAAAGGGAAGAAUUCGAGGGGACCAGGGAGAGCAUUCUGGUGUGGCUGACGGAGAUGGACCUGCAGCUGACCAACGUGGAGCACUUCUCGGAGAGCGACGCUGAUGACAAGAUGCGCCAGCUGAACGGUUUCCAGCAGGAAAUUACGUUAAAUACCAACAAGAUUGAUCAGCUCAUCGUUUUUGGGGAGCAGCUCAUUCAGAAGAGCGAGCCCCUGGAUGCUGUGCUGAUCGAGGACGAGCUGGAGGAGCUGCACCGCUACUGCCAGGAGGUGUUUGGCAGGGUCUCCCGAUUCCAUCGGAGGCUCACCUCCCACACGCCGGGUUUGGAAGAUGAAAAGGAGGCCUCUGAGAAUGAAACGGACAUGGAAGACCCCAGAGAGAUCCAGGAUGACUCCUGGCGUAAAAGGAGAGAGAGCGAGGAGCCCUCGUCCCCUCAGUCCCUUUGUCACCUGGUGCCCCCAGCGCCAGGGCCCGAGCGCUCCGGCUGUGAGACCCCCGUUAGCGUGGACUCCAUCCCACUGGAGUGGGAUCACACAGGUGACGUGGGGGGCUCAUCCUCUCACGAAGACGACGAGGAGGGCCCGUACUACAGUGCUCUGUCAGAUGUAGAAAUCCCCGAAAAUCCUGAGGCCUAUCUUAAAAUGACCACAAAAACUUUGAAAGCGUCUUCUGGUAAAUCCAUUUCUGAAGGCCACUCGUGGCAUGUUCCUGACAGCCCUUCCUGCCCCAAGCGUCACUACAAGCAAACGGGAGGUGAUAGGAACGUACAGCCCAGUGCCCCCGAUUCCAGCACCCCUUAUAAACCAGCCUAUGUAAAGCUGCUGUUAUCUCCAGGCGCUGAUGGGGACAAGGAAGACCCACGAGUCCUGAACGGCAGCCCCCAGCAGGAAGACGAGGGCCUGGCCGCUCUCACCGGGCAGCAGUCAGGUGCCUUUGACAGAUGGGAGCUGAUCCAAGCGCAGGAACUUCACAGUAAACUCAGACUAAAACAAAACCUGCAGCAGCUGAACUCUGAUAUCAGCGACAUCACCACCUGGAUGGAAAAAACCCAAGCGGAGCUAGAGACGUUAAAGCUGGCCAAGCCUCCCUCUGAUGUGCAGGAGCUGGAACUGCGGGUGAAGAGGCUGAAGGAGAUAUUAAAAGCCUUUGACACCUACAAGGCAUUAUUGGUCUCUGUCAACGUGAGCAGCAAGGAGUUUCUGCAGACCGAGAGCACCGACUCCAAAGAGCUCCAAGACAGAGUCGGCCAUCUGAGCCUGCGCUGGGACGCAGCCCAGGGCGCCGUGGAGAGCUGGAGAGCGGGCUUGCGGCAGUCGCUCAUGCAGUGCCAGGACUUCCACCAGCUGAGUCAAAACUUGCUGCUGUGGUUAGCGAGCGCCGAGAGCCGGCGACAGGAGGCUCAUGUCGCUGACCCGGAAGCAGAUCCCCAGGUUCUCCUGGCGUAUCGGGAAGAGCUGAUGCAACUGGAAAAGGAGCUAGUGGAACGUCAACCUCAAGUAAAGUCCUUACAAGACAUUUCCAACAGCCUUCUCAUCAGGGGGCAUGGAGAAGACUACAUCGAGGCUAAAGAGAAGGUACAUGUUAUUGAGAAGAAACUCAAACAGUUACUUGAGCAAGUGUCUCAAGGCUUACUGUCCCUGCAGCAAACCCAGAACCCAGACUCAUCUCUGCCCAGCUUGGACGAGGUAGACGCUGGACAGCCUCUAGCCGCAUCUGCGCCAGCUCCCCAAGCCGAGUUGGGAGCAGAGAGAAUUACAAAAGACAAGAACAGGACAGACAGCAGGGUGCCCGGCCCCGCUGGCCCCGGCAGCUCACGGCCCCAGCGCUCCUUCCUCUGGCGGGUGAUCAGGGCGGCGCUGCCCCUCCAGCUGCUGCUCCUCCUGCUGCUGCUCCUGGCCUGCCUGCUGCCCUCCUCCGAAGAGGACUACAGCUGUACUCAGGCCAACAACUUUGCGAGGUCCUUCUACCCCAUGCUGAGGUACACCAACGGGCCACCCCCCACAUAAAGGCUCGGCCUGGCCUGCAGCGCCGUACCACCACCUGUUUACACGGGGUCGGACACACGGCCCCAGGCCAACCUGUGAGUGACUCUGAGCGUUGGUCCAGGGACAUACCUGCUGUGGACACCUCCCUUCCGGGCUUGACCAGAGA